AUGAUUACUGUAGGAGGAGACAGCAUUUUAAAGGCAUUUGGCAUAGCUACUGAUGAAAACUUUGUUAUCACCACAACAAACAGGAAGGAAGUUACAGAAGACAAGUUCAGCGAACUUGUUCAAGAUGGAGUUACUUUGUAUCUACUACAGUCAGUUGAUCAAAUACUGCUUUCGGCAACCAAGGAGCGAAUUGACUUCCUGCCCCACUACGACACACUUGUCAAAAGUGGCAUGUAUGAAUACUAUGCCAGCGAAGGCCAAAAUCCUUUGCCAUUUGCCCUUGCUGAGUUGAUUGACAAUUCCUUGUCAGCAACAGCCCGAAAUACUGGUAUUCGGAGCAUACAGAUAAAAUUGUUAUUUGAUGACUCCCAAGGAAAACCAGCUGUUGCAGUGAUCGAUAAUGGAAGAGGAAUGACUUCUAAGCAGCUUAACAACUGGGCUGUGUAUAGAUUGUCAAAGUUUACAAGACAAGGUGACUUUGAGAGUGAUCAUUCAGGAUAUGUACGCCCUUUGCCGGUGCCUCGUAGUUUAAAUAGUGAUAUCUCAUAUUUUGGAGUUGGAGGCAAACAAGCAGUGUUCUUUGUUGGACAGUGUGCCAGAAUGAUAAGCAAACCUGCAGAUUCUCAGGAUGUUCAUGAACUUGUCCUUUCUAAAGAGGAUUUUGAAAAGAAGGAGAAAAACAAAGAGGCAAUAUAUAGUGGAUACAUUCAAAACAGAAAGCCAUCUGACUCUACUCACAUCACAAGUGAUGAUGAAAGAUUUCUUCAUAAUCUGAUAUUAGAAGAAAGGGAUAAAGAGAGUUUCACAGCAGUUGUCAUUACAGGUGUACAACCAGAUCAUAUGCAAUACUUGAAAAACUUCUUUCAUCUUUGGACAAGGCAGCUGGCACAUAUCUAUCACUAUUAUAUCCAUGGACCAAAAGGAAAUGAAACAAAUGCUGUAACAAAAGACAUAACGCCUUUCAACAACAUAGACAUUCAGAUUUCAAUGUUUGAAAAAGGAAAAGUACCAAAGAUUGUCAAUCUUAGGGAGAUCAAAGAUGACAUGCAGACAUUGUAUAUAAAUACUGCAGCAGAUAGUUUUGAAUUCAAGGCACAUGUUGAUGGAGAAGGUAUAGUGGAAGGCAUCAUCCGAUAUCAUCCCUUCCUGUAUGAUAAAGAAACAUACCCGGAUGAUCCAUGUUUUCCAUCAAAAUUAAACAAUGAUGAUGAGGAUGAUGACUGCUUUAUAGUAGAAAAGGGUGCCAGAGGAAAAAGGCCUAUUUUUGAAUGUUUUUGGAAUGGAAGAUUGAUACCAUACACAACUGUGGAAGAUUUUGACUGGUGUGCUCCUCCAAAGAAGAGAGGAUUAGCACCAAUUGAAUGCUACAACAGAAUUUCUGGUGCAUUAUUUACCAAUGAUAAGUUCCAGGUCAGCACAAACAAACUCACUUUCAUGGAUCUGGAGCUGAAGCUAAAAGAUAAGAAUACUCUGUUCACAAGAAUCUUCAAUGGACAGGAGCAACGAAUGAAAAUUGACAGAGAAUUUGCUUUGUGGCUCAAAGACUGUCAUGAAAAAUAUGACAAACAGAUAAAAUUCACACUCUUUAAAGGAAUUACUACACGUACUGAUUUACCAUCCAAAAGAAUGCAGAGCCCUUGGGCAAUGUAUGCUGCAAUAGAGUGGGAUGGAAAAACAUUCAAAACUGGACAGCUGGUGAAAACUAUAAAGACUCUUCCAAUAUUCUAUGGAAGUAUUGAGAAAUUUUUUUUGUAUGGAGACCAUGAUGGGGAUAUAUUUGCUACUGGAGGAGAGGUUCAAAUUGCUCUGGAACCUCAGGCCUUGUAUGCUGAAAUGAAAACUAUUCCGAUCUCAAAACUUGAUAGAACAGUGUCUGACAAAGCUGUUAAAAAAUACAUAGAGGAUGAAAUGGCAAGACUUCCUGACAAAUUAUCAGUAACUUGGCCUGAAGGAGAUGAGUUAUUACCAAAUGAAACAAGAUUUGCUGGUACACCAAUAGGAGCCUUAAGGAUAGAAAUUUUGAAUAAAAAAGGAGAAGCAAUGCAAAAACUUCCAGGUACAAGCCACGGAGGUUCAAAGAAACUUCUUGUUGAACUUAAGGUUAUUUUACAUUCACCUACUGGGAAUAAAGAAAUAAUUUCCCAUAUCAGUCAGCAUGGAGGGAAAUGGCCGUACUGGUUUAAAAAAAUGGAAAAUCUUCAGAAACUUGGGAACUACACCUUGAAACUGCAAGUAGUAUUGAAUGAAAGUAAUGCAGACACUUAUGCAGGAAGGCCUUUACCAUCUAAAAUAUUUAAAUUUACCAUUAUAGAGGGUAAACCAGAGAAAUUUUCAGUGGGUGUUUUGGAACUGCCUCUUCGAGUUGGAGUACCUUUUAAUAUUCCUUUGGAAUUACAGGAUGAAUUUGGUCAUGCAACACAGUCGACAACUGACAUUAAACCAAUUCUCGAAGCUAGUGGAUUGACAUUACACUAUGAAGGAAUAACUUCAGGAAUGAAGUGCAUCAUUAAGGGUGUCACUGCUAAAGGCUGUAUAAGUAAUUUCCAGGGCAAGAACUUUAAUGUGAAGAUUACUCUUCCUGGUUUGAAAGAAGACACACAAAACUUUAAAAUAAGAUUGCAGCCUGGCCCUCCUUGUCAAUUGAAGGUAAAACCAGAUUCCGAAAUUCUAAAGAUUGAAAAUGGUACAGCUUUCCCCUUUCAGGUUGAAGUACUGGAUGAAUCAGGAAAUAUAACAGCACAGCCAAAGUUGAUAGUUCAUUGUAAG